AUGUCUCUGCCGAGAAAUAUAGCUCCGUCUACGACAGAAGCCGACCCAGAUAGGCGGCGGUCGCUUGCUAAACUCACGAGAUCACCUCUCUCGAUAUCUCCUAAUUAUAACUCGGGAAGCCGUGCAGGUUCGUUUUCCAAUUCUUUCAAAAACAAUCAAUUUCUCCACAACAAAUCACCUCUAGGCGAUGGUAUGCCUCGUGAGGGUUCUCCUGGAUCAAAUGAAGUUGCAAUUGAAGAUAUUGGACCCGAAGAACCAAAUCCUGAGGAUUUCUCUUAUGGUCUACAAGAUCCAAAGUUGAUGGGAACAGCGUAUAGACACGUGGGUUCGGACCCGCUUAAGCACGAAGGCGGUGAUAUCAGCCAUGGAAUCUAUAAAUUUGCAAAGGAUAAGCCUCGUCGCUCACAUAGCUUUCUGUCGUUGCAAUCUUACGAGAGACGGGGCUCAUCAGCGAGCUCGCUAAAUGUUCCGGGAGGGUUUCGAAGAAACUAUGUAUUGAGCCAUCAACACGGCACAAUUGCUAGACAGACUCCUUCUGUUUUCACGAGAAAUUUCAUCGAAUUCUUGUCGAUUUACGGCCAUUUCGCAGGUGAAGAUUUGGAGGACGAUGAUGCGGUGAUCUGCCAUUAUGAGUAUAACAAAACCACGAUGGAUGAAGAGUCGGCGCUACUAUUGGACACAGCCGAGUUUAAUCCUCGAGGAACAGCCACCGACCGCAAAGCAUACUUUCUCCUCCUCAAAGCUUUCGUAGGAACUGGGGUCUUGUUCUUACCAAAGGCAUUUUCCAAUGGUGGUCUUCUCUUUUCAAUUGUGGUCUUAUCUACGUUUGGAUUUUUAUCCUACUGGUGCUACUUGAUCCUAGUACUUGCUAAGAGAGCAGUUCGUGUUUCCAGUUUUGCUGAUAUUGGCCUUAAACUAUACGGUCCAUGGCUCCAGAACUUGAUUUUAACCUCGAUUGUGAUUUCGCAAAUUGGGUUUGUUGCCGCCUACAUUGUCUUCACGGCUGAAAACCUCCGUGCCUUCUUGACUAAUGUUUUUGGCUACCAAAAUUUGGAUAUAAAAUGGAUCAUCAUUCUGCAACUUGUUUUCCUCAUGCCGGUGUCUCUUGUUCGAGACAUCACCAAGCUCUCACUUCUGUCGGUUUUGGCAAAUGUUUUCAUAUUCACCGGCCUCAUUGUCAUAGUAUACUUUACACUCUUCUCACUAGUUUUUGAGAACCAGUUGACUCCUGGCGAAGGUAUUUAUUACCUUGUUAAUAAAGACGAAUUCUCUCUCUUUAUUGGAGUCGCAAUAUUUGCGUUCGAAGGAAUUGGUUUGAUCAUUCCAAUUGAAGAGUCGAUGAUACAACCUAGCCACUUCCCUGCUGUUCUUGCAAAAGUCUUGGCAACAGUCUCCGUCAUUAUGGUUUGUAUUGCAUCGUUGGGAUACAUGACUUUUGGAGCUCACACUCGGACAGUCAUUCUCCUCAACCUUCCACAAUCUUCCAUCUUCAUAAUCGCAACCCAAUUGUUAUACUCAAUUGCCAUUUUGUUAUCAACUCCACUCCAGCUUUUCCCGGCCAUUCGGUUAAUCGAGCUGAAGAUAUUCAUAAGAAAGGGCAAGUAUUCCCUGUCGAUCAAAUGGGGGAAAAAUAUGUUUAGAUGGGCGUUCAUACUUAUCGUUGCAUUAAUAGCGUUGUUUGGAGGGAAAAACUUGGACAAGUUUGUAUCUUUCGUUGGGUGUUUCGCAUGUAUUCCUUUGGUUUAUAUGUACCCACCAAUUUUGCAUUUAAAAAGUUGUUGUGACUACAAGAAUGCCACCGAUCCUCAGGAUAAGAACCGCAAGUUCUGGAUGAGCAUUGUAAACUAUAUCUUGACGAUACUAGGGGGGCUUUUAUUUUUGUACACAACCUAUGACAUUCUUACUUAA